AUGGACAUCAAUGACCUGACCGAGAGGGCUGGCCGUCUGAGCACCGAACGCAGCAGCUCCUUUGCAACAGGAGGAAGAGGCUCUCGCCCACAACUCACUACAAACAAUGGCAGGGGAAUUUCAAUGCUUCUGGGGAGGAUGCUCACUGAGAACAAGGUAGCACUGGCAAAAGCUUCAGGGGCGGCUAGAUAUGCCUGGGGGAAAUUCGGGGAAGUGGGAGUGCAGCCAACUCAAGCACAAAAUCUGUUCAUCUUUACCUUCAAAUAUGCCAAGAUCCGGGAGAAAAUCUGGCUGGAAAGACCAUGGAGUCUAUCCCACACUAUGACGGCUUUGUCAAAGUAUGAGGGCAGAGGAGAUCCGGAAGCAGUGCCCAUGAACAAACUUGCGGUUUGGGUGCAGAUUCAUGGUCUCCACCAGAGUCAGAGAAGUGAGCAGAAUGUAAUCUCAAUAGGGACUUUCUACUUCAGCAAGUUCAUUGACAUGGAUAGAGCCAGCCUCCAUUUCCACGGCUACAUAAGAUUCAUCCGGAUGCUGGUCGAGCUCGAGGUUAGUGAACCAGUCCCGACGGGCUUCGACUUUCCCUCCACGGAUGAAGUAACUGGUCGAGAAUACUGUGAAGUGAUCACGUUUAAAUAUGAGAGACUUGUCGAACUUUGCUAUUUCUGUGGGAGAAUCGGUCACAACUGGCCGACAUGUGCAAGAAUGAAAGAAGAGAGGAAGAAGGGAGGUCAGGUCAAGCUCUCGGACGUCUACACCUCUGAGCUGAAGGCAGGGAUCGAAUCCCCCUACAAAUCAAGUGGUAGCAGAAGCAGGAUUGAAGAAGAGCCUUGGUGUUCAUCCACCGACCCUGAAGCUUGGAGGGACCAUUACAGCUCGGGGGGAUUAAUCGAUGGCAGAGAGACAAUGGUGGCGGCAGAUUUCACUUCGGCAAGACGAGAAGAAGAAGUGCAUCCCCAAGUCCCACCGGGAUUCACUGUUAGCCGGCUGGAGGAGGAAGCAAGGGCGGAGGAAGGGAAUAAUAGGUGGAGGAUGAAGGGGAAAUAUAGGGAGGAAAUGGGGGCAAGGAAUUUGGAACUGGAUUUGGAGGAGGCAUCGGCGGCAAUGCAGGGGAGCCUUUGUCUCGACGGAGGGGAGGAGAUGCAGCGGCAGGCAGGAGGAUAA